AUGCGGGAGCCGCUGCGGGGCCCCCCGGGGGGGCUCCGCAAGGAGCCGGGCCGCGCUCCCCCGCGCUCCGCCGCCUCCAGCGGCUUCCACUCGUGGUCGGGCCCGGUGGGGCGAGCUCGGGGCGGGGGAGGCGGCGGCAGCGCGGCCGCUUCCUCCACCGAAAGCCUGGACUCGCUGAACGGCGAACCGCGGGCUCGGAACGAGAAAGAGCUGCUGCAGGUGCUGAACGAUCGUUUCGCCGGUUACAUCGAACGGGUGCGGGCGCUGGAGCAGCAGAACCGGGCGCUGGCGGCGGAGGCGGCGGCGUUGCGGCAGCAGCAGGCGGGCCGCUCGGCCAUGGGCGAGCUGUACGCCCGGGAGCUGCGCGAUAUGCGGGGCACCGUCCUGCGGCUGGGCGCCGAGAAGGGGCAGCUUCUCCUUUCCCUCGUUGCAGUGAGGCUGGACAAGCUCUCGGAGGUUGCCAAGGUGAACACAGACGCCAUCCGCUUGGCCCAGGAGGAGAUCUGCGAGUACCGCCGCCAGCUCCAGUCCAAGACCACCGAGCUCGAAGCCCUCAAAGGGACCCAGGAGUCACUGGAGAGGCAGAGACAGGACUCGGAGGAGCGCCAUCAUGCAGAUGUCCUGUCCUACCAGGAAACCAUCCAGCAGCUUGACAGCGAGCUGAGGAACACCAAGUGGGAGAUGGCAGCUCAGCUCCGGGAGUACCAGGAUCUGCUCAACGUCAAAAUGGCCCUGGACAUUGAAAUUGCUGCCUAUAGAAAGCUCUUGGAAGGGGAGGAAUAUCGGAUCGAGUCUGGCUUUGGGAUGCUCUCCUUCCCUGAGGUGGUCCCCAAGGCUCCCAGCAUCACCACCAACAUCAAGGUGAAGAGUGAGGAGAAGAUCAAGGUGGUGGAAAAAUCUGAGAAGGAGACAGUGAUUGUGGAGGAGCAGACAGAGGAAAUCCAGGUGACCGAGGAGGUCACAGAGGAGGAGGAGGCUGAGAAAGAGGCUGAAGAGGAGAAAGCUGAAGAGGAGGAGGAAAAAGAGGAGAAAGCUGAAGCAGAAGGUGAAGAGGAGGCCAAGUCUCCUGCAAAAGAGGAAGCCAAGUCCCCAGAGAAACCCGAGUCCCCCUCAAAGGAGGAGGCCAAGACCCCAGCUGUUACGUCCCCUGAAAAGCCACCAACCCCCUCAAAGGAGGAGGCCAAGACCCCGGCAGUGAAGUCCCCAGAGAAACCUGCAACCCCCUCAAAAGAGGAGGCCAAGAGCCCAGCUGUCAAAUCCCCGGAGAAACCUGCAACCCCCUCAAAAGAGGAGGCCAAGAGCCCAGCUGUCAAAUCCCCGGAGAAACCUGCAACCCCCUCAAAAGAGGAGGCCAAGACUCCAGCAGUCAAAUCCCCUGAAAAGCCCCCAACGCCCUCAAAGGAGGAGGCCAAGACCCCGGCAGUGAAAUCCCCAGAGAAACCUGCAACCCCCUCAAAAGAGGAGGCCAAGAGCCCAGCUGUGAAGUCUCCAGAGAAACCCCCAACCCCCUCAAAGGAGGAGGCCAAGACUCCAGCAGUCAAAUCCCCUGAAAAGCCCCCAACGCCCUCAAAGGAGGAGGCCAAGACCCCGGCAGUGAAAUCCCCAGAGAAACCUGCAACCCCCUCAAAAGAGGGGGCCAAGAGCCCAGCUGUCAAAUCCCCAGACCAGAGAAACACCCCCUUGAAAGAAGAGGCCAAGACCCCAGAGAAAGUGAAGUCCCCAGAGAAACCCGCACCCCCUGCAAAGGAAGAGGCCAAGGCCCCAGCUGUCAAAUCCCCAGAGAAACCCCCAACCCCCUCUAAAGAGGAGGCCAAGACCCCGGCUGUGAAGUCCCCAGAGAAGCCCCCAACCCCCUCAAAGGAGGAGACCAAGACCCUGACCGUGAAGUCCCCCGAGAAAGUAAAAUCUCCCGUGAAGGAGGAGGCCAAGUCUCCACAGAAGGAAGCGGCCCCAGCCAAGGAGCCCACCCCCUCCCCUCCAAAGGAGCCAAAAGCCCCCACAAAGGAAGAGCAGCCCAAGGAGGUGAAGGCUCCCUCCAAGCCUGGAGCUGAGGAGGGCAGGGAAGAGGAAGCUCCUAAGAAGGAUGUCCCAGCCAAGGUGGAGGAGAAGCCCAAAGAGAAGGCGGCUGCUGUGCCAGAGCCUCCGGCCCCACAGGUGAAGGAGACCACCAAGCCGGGCCCCAAACCCGCAGAAGAAGGAAAGGCUGAGAAGGAGGCUCCGCCAAAACCUCAGCAGGAGGUCAGCAAAGCGGCUGCGAAGGAGGCCGAGAAGCCAAAGGCCAAGGAGAAGGUGGAGGAGCCCAAGAAGGAGAAGGCGGAGGAGCCCAAAGCUAAAGCAAAACCCAAAGACGAGCCCAAAGCCAGUCAGGAGCCCCCCAAGGCCGAGGCCCCCUCCAGCAAGGAGGGCAAAGCCCCAGAGCCGGCACCCGCCGCAGGGAAGAAGUGA